AUGAACGUCUCAAAAAUACUGGCGUCGCCUACGAUCACAACAAAUGUUUUACGCAUGCUUGCUCCCAGGUUGCCUCAAAUGGGUGCUUCUUUGCUAGUUCAAAGGAGAUGGACCUUGAGAGCGAAGAAUUUUCAUCGCUUCUAUUCGGAAAAGGUCAAUGAUGAAACACCUUUGAAGAAGGAAGCUGAGGGUACUAGAAAGGCGUCCAACAAACCCAAAGCGUCUCCAAAUGACAAUACCCCGCCCUCACCGCCACCCAACACUAACGAUAAAACCAAACAGGCGAAUGUAGCUGUAUCGCAUGCUAUGCUGGCAACCAGGGAACAGGAAGCCAAUAAGGAUCUAACUAGCCCUGAUGCACAGGCGGCAUUUUACAAGCUUCUCCUACAAUCAAACUACCCACAAUACGUGGUUUCCAGAUUCGAGACCCCCGGCAUUGCUUCCUCCCCAGAGUGUAUGGAAUUGUAUAUGGAGGCAUUGCAAAGGAUAGGUAGACACUCGGAAGCCGAUGCAGUUAGACAAAAUCUACUAACAGCUAGUUCUGCUGGUGCAGUAAACCCAUCCUUGGCGUCAUCUUCAUCAAACCAGUCUGGUUAUCAUGGCAACUUUCCCUCCAUGUAUUCUCCAUUUUACGGAUCUCGCAAAGAGCCACUGCAUGUUGUCGUUUCUGAGUCAACCUUUACUGUUGUAUCGAGAUGGGUGAAGUGGCUGCUUGUUUUUGGUGUGCUUACGUAUUCUUUCUCUGAAGGUUUCAAAUAUAUCACGGAAAACACAACGCUGCUGAAAUCAUCGGAGGUAGCUGACAAAUCAGUUGAUGUCGCUAAGACAAAUGUUAAAUUUGAUGACGUAUGCGGUUGUGAUGAAGCGCGUGCAGAAUUGGAAGAAAUUGUUGAUUUCUUAAAAGAUCCCACCAAGUAUGAAUCGCUGGGUGGUAAACUACCAAAAGGUGUGUUGUUGACGGGGCCUCCUGGUACAGGUAAAACUUUGUUGGCUAGAGCCACCGCCGGUGAGGCUGGCGUCGACUUUUUCUUCAUGUCGGGUUCCGAAUUCGAUGAAGUUUACGUUGGUGUUGGUGCUAAACGUAUUCGUGAUUUAUUCGCCCAAGCGCGUUCUCGUGCCCCAGCUAUCAUUUUCAUCGAUGAACUAGAUGCCAUUGGUGGCAAACGUAACCCAAAGGAUCAAGCGUACGCUAAACAAACAUUGAAUCAGUUACUGGUCGAAUUAGAUGGUUUCUCGCAAACGAGCGGAAUCAUUAUUAUUGGUGCUACUAAUUUCCCUGAGGCGUUAGAUAAGGCGUUAACUAGACCAGGUAGAUUUGACAAGGUCGUGAAUGUUGAUUUGCCAGAUGUUCGUGGCCGUGCUGACAUUUUAAAACACCACAUGAAAAAAAUUACGUUGGCAGACAAUGUCGAUCCAACGAUUAUUGCACGUGGUACGCCGGGCUUAUCAGGCGCUGAGCUAGCAAAUUUAGUCAAUCAAGCAGCAGUGUAUGCCUGCCAGAAGAAUGCAAUUUCUGUUGACAUGUCACAUUUCGAAUGGGCCAAAGAUAAAAUCUUGAUGGGCGCUGAAAGGAAAACUAUGGUUUUAACAGAAGCAGCUAGAAAAGCCACUGCUUACCAUGAAGCUGGACAUGCCAUUAUGGCCAAAUACACCAACGGCGCUACUCCCUUAUACAAGGCUACUAUUUUGCCUAGAGGCAGAGCAUUGGGUAUCACUUUCCAAUUGCCAGAAAUGGAUAAGGUUGAUAUUACUAAAAGAGAGUGUCAAGCGAGACUAGACGUGUGUAUGGGGGGUAAAAUUGCUGAAGAAUUGAUUUAUGGCAAGGAUAAUACCACAAGUGGUUGUGGGUCCGACCUACAAAGCGCUACUGGCACAGCAAGAGCCAUGGUCACACAAUACGGCAUGAGUGACGACGUAGGUCCUGUCAAUUUGUCAGAGAAUUGGGAGACUUGGUCUAAUAAGAUUCGCGAUAUUGCAGAUAAUGAAGUGAUCGAACUUUUGAAAGACUCAGAGGAAAGGAGCAGGAGGUUACUGACCAAGAAGAAUGUUGAGCUCCAUAGACUUGCACAGGGUCUUAUUGAAUACGAGACAUUGGAUGCACAUGAAAUUGAACAAGUUUGCAAAGGUGAAAAGUUGGAUAAACUCAAAACAUCUACCAAUACGGUUGUGGAAGGUCCAGACAGUGAUGAACGUAGGGACAUCGAAGGUGACAUAACAAAAAUUCCCACAAUGUUGAAUGCAUAA